CGGUGGCAGCGGCGCCCGGCGAGCCGGCGGGGCCCUCUGGCGGCGCGCAGGGAGCCGGCGGUGGCCGCGCCGCCUUGGUGCCGCCAUGUACUACCGCUUCAGCGGCGUCACGCAGCGGCUGGUCGGGGCGGCCGCCUCCGCCGCCUACAGCCCGCAGGGACUCAAACCAAUAGUUUCCACUGAAUCCCCAGCUCUGAUUUUUGGGACAACAACUAAACUUGCUUCAGAUUUACCAGCAACUGAUUCUUUCUUGGGUAAAAACAAGGUGCCAGACCUACAGAAAAUUUUUCAGAAAGCAGAUGGACUGCCAGUACACCUGAAACGAGGAGUUCCAGAUAGGCUGCUUUAUCGGACCACUAUGGCUCUAACAAUAGGCGGGACUAUCUACUGUCUAGUGGCACUCUACAUGGCCUCACAACCAAGAAACCAAAAGUAAAUGAACUCAUGGGACUCGUGACAUUUAUCUGAAGGACCUCCUGCAUGUCUCUCCACUUGCUUCUUAAUUCUGUGAUCGAUCAUAAAAGGUUCAUUAUUCAGAUCAAAUUUCUGGGAGAAAAUGUGUUUAAAUUGGUUGCCUUAUGUGCUCUAGAAAUCAAUAUAAACAGAGACAAAUUCAUCAUCUUAACAUAUGGUUGUAGCUUUGCAUUUGUUGUAUUGCAGGAGUGUAUGAACAGUUGGAGAAAGUUAAACGUUUCCUUCAUCCCCUCCCCCAGUUUCAACAAUGUCCGAGAUGGGACAGAAGAAAUAUUUUCUGGGCUAUGCUCUACAUUCAUUAUUGGGAAGAUGCUACCAGUUUCCAAAACAGUAAAAAGAAAUAAUUAUUAUAACACAGCAAGAACCUGUUUCUGUCAUGCACAGCUCAUUUUACAUAACCAGGUGACAGUGGAACUUCUCCAAAUGCUGGUAUAUUAUUUAACACUUGUACCUCUGAUGGCAGGACAAAGGGCUUAGCUCCUUGGAACAUGUAAACUGGAUUUAUUCCAUAAUGUGAACAUCACAGUAUGUAACAGAAUGCAACAGUAUUGUAGCAUCAGUUGUACACCAGUUUUUGGACUUUCAUUUGUCAAACCCUCUCUUGUUGUGCAAUAAAGAUUAACUACGUGAA